AUGGCGAUGGUCGACGCCGCUCGCCCGGCGAUGGUGAGCGAUGCAGAUCUGAUGCAAGCACGAGCCGCCCUCCAGCACCAACAGUCCAGCGAAAUCUCCGUCCCCCGCGAAUUCAUCUCCCUCAUCGUCGAAGAACUCAUUUUCCGUCGCGAUGCACACUCCCCGAUCGCUAUACUCGAACAUGAAUGCUCACAUCUCCGGAAAGAACUUCGCAAACACACCCAUAUCAAUGAAGCAUUCCAGAAGGAGUUGCGGGAGAUCGGCGAGAUCAUCACCCAGGUCGCUCAUGGCGAUUUGUCCCAGCGCGCCCGGAUGCAUCCGCUGGAGAUGUCUCCGGAUAUCGCGACCUUCAAACAGACGAUUAAUACUAUGAUGGACCAGUUGCAGGUCUUCAGUCAGGAGGUCUCGAAGGUUGCUAGGGAGGUUGGCACUGAGGGUGUCUUGGGUGGUCAGGCGAAGAUCGAAGGAAUUCAGGGCAUAUGGCAUGAGCUGACAGUGAAUGUGAAUGCUAUGGCCAACAACCUCACGGCCCAGGUCCGCGACAUCACGACCGUCACCACGGCAGUUGCGAAGGGAGACCUGCAGCGCAAAGUGCAAGCGGAUUGCAAGGGCGAGAUCCUGCUACUGAAGAACAUCAUCAACUCCAUGGUCGAUCAGCUCCGAGAGUUCGCGUUCGAGGUGAGCCGAGUAGCCCGUGAGGUCGGCUCCGACGGCGUGCUGGGUGGUCAGGCCGUCGUGCACGGGGUAGAGGGGACGUGGAAGAACCUCACCGAGAAUGUGAAUCGCAUGGCCUCGAAUCUCACGCAGCAGGUUCGAGAAAUCGCCGAUGUGACCACCGCCGUCGCAAAAGGCGAUCUCACGAAGAAAGUGACCGCAGACGUGAAGGGCGAAAUCUUGGAUCUGAAGCUUACGAUAAAUUCGAUGGUCGACCGAUUGAACCAGUUUGCGUUCGAGGUCAGCCGAAUGGCCCGGGAAGUAGGAACCGAUGGCACGUUGGGUGGACAAGCACAGGUUGAGAAUGUCGAGGGUCGCUGGCGAGAUUUGACCGACAACGUCAACACCAUGGCUCAAAACCUGACUCUACAGGUCCGGCAGAUCUCUAACGUGACGCAGGCUAUUGCGCGCGGUGAUCUCAGUACCAAAAUCGAGGUUCAUGCUCAGGGUGAGAUCUUGACCCUUAAAGAAACGAUCAACAGCAUGGUAGAUGGUUUAGGAGAAUUUGCACGAGAACUCAAAGGAGUAGCCCAGGACGUCGGCGUCAAUGGUAAACUUGGCGGGCAAGCAAAUGUUGCUGGAUCUCACGGAAUCUGGCGAUCGAUCAGCGAAGAUGUCAAUACAAUGGCAGAGAACCUGACUUCACAAGUCCGUGCCUUUGGUGAGAUCACCGAAGCAGCGAUGAGUGGUGACUUCAGCAAGUUGAUCACUGUCUCCGCCUCCGGCGAGAUGGAUGACUUGAAACAAAAGAUCAACAAAAUGAUCUCGAGUCUGCGCGACAGCAUCCAGCGGAAUACCGCAGCUCGCGAAGCGGCAGAGCUGGCUAACCGCAGCAAAUCCGAAUUCCUAGCCAAUAUGAGCCAUGAGAUCAGGACUCCAAUGAAUGGGAUCAUCGGCCUCUCGAGUCUGGCGCUUGACACCGAUGAGCUCCAGGCGCCUGUCAGAGAGACUCUGAAUAUGGUCCAUAACCUUGCCAUCAGUCUCCUGACCAUUAUUGAUGAUAUACUUGACAUUUCGAAAAUCGAGGCAAACAAGUUGAUGAUUGAAAAGACACCAUUUAGUCUCGGCACAACAGUGUUCAGUGUGCUGAAGGCCCUUUCGGUCGAAACCAACGAGAAAGCAUUGGGGUUGAUCUAUACAGUCGAUGGCGAAGUCCCUGACUUCUUGAUCGGGGACGCAUAUCGAUUAAGACAAGUGAUGCUCAACCUCGUCGGAAAUGCGGUCAAAUUCACAGACCAUGGCGACAUCAAGGUUCAAAUCAAACGAGCCAUCGAUGAAAAGUGUGCUGCCGACGAAACUGCAUUCCAGUUUUCCGUCUCAGAUCCCGGCAUUGGUAUCGACCAGAGCAAGCUGGGCAUGAUCUUUGAUAAGUUCCAGCAAGCCGACGGAUCAAUGACCCGUCGCUUUGGCGGCACGGGACUAGGACUAGCGAUUUCAAAGAGGCUCGUUUCCGCCAUGGGCGGGGAUAUCUGGGUGUCCUCGAACAUGGGAGAGGGAAGUACAUUCACAUUUACCUGCCGGGUAAAGCUAGCCCAACCCCCGACGGGCUUCGCGGACCAGAUUCUCCCCUAUCGCGGUAGACGAGUUCUCUUCCUGGAUCACGGCCUGUCAAAAAGUUUCCCGAUAAUCUCGGUGCUGACGGAGCUCGGUCUGGACCCUAUGAUUGUUACGGAAGAGCAGCUGGAAUGUGGCCAAUUCCAAAGUGACUGGGCGUGCGCCUUUGAUGCUAUCCUCGUCGAGAACUUGGAAACAGCAGUCAAGCUUCGAGCUUGUACAAGCCUGCAGCCAAUCCCUUUAGUCAUUACCUCGAACACGGUCUCCAUAGCACUCAGAGCUGCAGGGGAGCUGGGCAUCACUUCCUAUAUCACAGUACCCUGUCGUCCCAUUGACCUUUGGAACGGUAUUCUGCCCGCGCUUGGAAACCGCGCCACUCGCACGCCAUCCGGUUAUACACGAUCACUUGCCAUUCUCCUGGCAGAAGACAACGACGUCAAUCAAAAAGUCGCUGUGCGCAUACUUGAAAAGUUCAACCAUACCGUCACCGUUGUGGAGAAUGGGCUUCAAGCCGUGAGAGAGGUUGAACUCCAUCGUUAUGAUGUGAUUUUGAUGGAUGUCCAAAUGCCCGUCAUGGGUGGAUUUGAAGCGACAGGAAAUAUCAGACAAUACGAGAAGAUAAACGGUCUUCCUCGCACGCCCAUCAUUGCUCUCACUGCGCAUGCCAUGCUAGGCGACCGCGACAAGUGCAUCUCAGCCGGCAUGGAUGACUAUCUUUCCAAACCAUUGGAUUCCAGUCGCAUGAUGCAAACGAUCAUGGAUUGUUCGGCUAUGAACAUCCCCUCAUUAUCUGCCAUUGAGGACUCAGAGCCAAUUUGCACACCAGUGACUAGCCUGAAUAUCACGAGCUAA